UCCCAGCGAGAAAAUCACCAAAGAGAAUGCUCAAGAUUUUCGUGCUAUUCGCCCUUCUGAGUGCUGGCCUGGCCGCCACGGUUAUCUACCAUCAUCCAUUGGUUUACCAUCAUCCUCUGCCGGUGGCCUCCACGCCUCAGGAGUUGGCCCAGCAUCCGGGUUACACCAUUGUUGCGCCACUCACCAAGAUUGCCCACGUCACCUACGACUCCGUGCCCAUCUCUCACACGCCCUACGAGCAUGUUCCGCUUUUCCAGCGAAUUGGUCAUGUGAAGCAUUCGCGGUUCUAGGAGAAUCGAGAGGGGAUUAGAGAUAAGAAUAUAUUAUAAUUUGAUAUAGAACUACAAAAACAAAAUAAAU